AAUUAAUAUUUAUUUCAUAAAUGCUUUACCAAUUCUGCUAGCAUUUCUAACCGUAGCCACCACAAUCACGUGCGCACCAGAGCCAAUCACUGCAGAGCCCACCGUAAGAAACAAGCGGAUUUAUACCUGUAGCGGCGCGUGCUGCACCCGGAUUUUGCCAGUGGUUCGGUUGCGUUCUGUUCUGUGCGUCUAAACUGACUGCUGUGGAUUAGACUAAACGAGUCCGGAGUCUCUUCGGGUCUGAGGAGAUCACACGGCCAAAGUCCCGAGUCGAUGGACUGGACGCACCAGCACCUCCAGAACCGGACUUAGGGUAAAUAAUGUCCGCCACGCUUUUUCGCAAACAUUGCCGUCAUGUUUGCUUUGUGUCUGAUGCAGGAAGAAAUGGCAAAAACGGGCUUUUGUCACGAAAGUGUCCAAACAGCAAGUUUGGUUGCUGAGGAACGGGAAGUUGUGGGAAGGGCCAGAGGAGGAUGAAUGACAGGCAACGAUGGUUGGUGUAGAGAUAGCGAUAGAGACAGCGAUAUUGAGAGUUGAGAGAUUUGUGAUAUUUAGCGGAGUGUAUAGUUAGUGUGUUAUGUGGUGUGUUUAGUGUGUAGUGGAGUCGGUUUUUUGUUUAAAGCUAGGGUCUACAAUCCCGGAGAGCUAGCAAGCGAGCUAGCAAGAUUUGAAAGUGGCACCUCCUCUAAGUCCCCCCCCCAUCCCAUCAGUGCACCGUCCAAAGCCACGUCCCCACAAACCUGAACGCGCAUCUGGCAGUGGGACUCAGCAGAGAGAAGGAGAUGCCGAAACAUGACACAGCAAUUCAGCUGAAUUUAGCACAGAGCAGACAGGAAGUAAAGCACUGAAAUAACAAAUGACAUCCGGUUACUUUUCAAAAUAAAACACCCCGUGUUGACACCAGCACAUGUCGUGAGGCCAGCUGUCUACCGUACUGUGCCGUGGCGGACUCAAACCGCAACCGGUGGGGACUGCCGAAAGGCGGAGCAAAACCGGAUCGGUUCAGGCCCUUCACAUGCCCAGUUGUCUCCACGCUCAAACGCAGCACCAAUGAUGUUCCUCGCCUUUCUAGCGGGGUGAGCUGUUACAAGUUUAACCAAAGGAGUUGAUGUGUUGCCAGACCGUCUUUUGAAUGCAACUGUGGGAGGGACAAUGGUGUUCACCACAACACUGACUCCACCAGAGAACCCCUUUACAUUUGUGGAAUGGAAAUUUGGUGACCAAAGUAUAAUCAGUACAAAUACUAAUGCAACUGCAGAUUAUGAAGGCAGAGUCACCCUCUUCACUUCUACUGGAUCUCUGGAGCUCAGGAAUCUGGUUCUGAGUGACAGUGGAGAAUACAGAGUUAUCAUUAUACCACAGGGAGGAUCAGCACUGGAAGGAAACACCAGACUGGAAGUUUAUGAGCCACUUUCCAAUGUAAUGGUAACUCCCAGCAGCACAGACUUGGUGGAGUUCAACAACUCUGUCAGCCUAAACUGCUCCUACUCUGGAAUCUCUCUCUCUUUCCUCUGGCUGAACAGCAGCUCUGAAGUUACACAAAGUGACAGAGUUCAGGUCAUUGAUGGAGGCGCCACUCUCACUAUAGUCAAUGUGACCCGCUAUGACCAGGGACCGUUUGAGUGUCAUGUGUCCAAUCCAGUGAGCAAUGAUGCCAGUGAACCAGUAACCCUCUCUAUCAGCUAUGGCCCAGAAAAUGUAAACUUGAAUGUAAAUGUGUCAAGCGAAUACUACCUGGAAGGUUCAAACAUCGGCCUGUCCUGCUCAGCUGUCUCCAGACCUGCUGCCCAGUUUUACUGGCUUCUGAAUGGAGACAACCUGAAUGAUAUUGGACCAGAGCUCAAACUGGUGAACGUUCAGAUGAGUCAGAGUGGAAACUACAGCUGUCAGGCCUUUAACAACAAAACUCUGAGAUAUGAAACAUCUCAGUCUUCAGCUGUAACUGUGCUAGAGAGAAUAUCAGGCGUUGCUGUCACAUCAUCAACAAACCUGUCGAUUGAGGGGAACUCUGUCAACUUAACCUGUGACGCUGCUGCUGGCUCCAACUUUACCAGACUGUGGAGGAAGGAUGACUCAGAUCUGGUCCUGACUGACAACAUGGCACUUUAUGAGGAGAACAGAGUUCUGUCCUUUAAAAGUCUAAAUAAAACAGACAGUGGAAAAUAUUUUUGUGAAAUCAGCAACCCUGUCAGCAACGAUAGAGCUCAGUACAUCAUGACUGUUAACUAUGGACCAGAAAAUGUUCAAAUCAAAGGCCCAGUUAAGAUCGAUUUUGGCAAAACCUUAACAUUAACCUGCUCUGCUGAGUCUGAACCAUCUGCUAGUUACACCUGGACACUGAAUGGGACAGAGAUACACAGUUCUUCUGUGUUCACUAAAGUCAUCACUGGUCUUUCUGACAGUGGCAACUACACCUGUCAAGCCAUGAAUCAUAUAACUGAGAGAACCUCAUCAGCAGGGCUUCAAGUGACUGUAACAGCAAACCCAGCCAGCCCAUCAGUCUGCUCAGCUGGUUGCAUCGCUGGAAUUGUAAUUGCGUGUUUGGUCGUCGUUGGAGCAGCUGUUGGGGGUAUAGUGUACUACAUAUAUGAAAGAAAAAAAUGGCCAAAAACAUCGUCUAACAGCAACACAGUGACAACCAGGGGUGAUGGCCAGAACAACACAGGAUACUCAGGAAGUCAGGAGCUGAACUACGCAGAUGUCUCGAUCUUUCAGAAUAGAAAUGGCGGGAGAGUCCAGCUGGGGUCACAGAAUGAGACAUCAGACUACGCUGAGGUGAAAAUAACCAGUUCUGCUGCAGGAUCAACGCCUCCUACGUACGAUGACCACAUGCAGCGUGUGAAGAGGCCAGCUCCUCAGCCUGGUGGCUAUAGUGUGAAUGUUUACGCUCAGGUUAAGAAGGACUGACUGCAUCAGAUAUGGUGGAUCAUGUGGUCGGUGUAGACUGGAGGCCAGAAUCAGUAGACAUGACAUGGAUGCAGGAACCUUCCCUUCCCCCUCAGUUCCAGAUGAAUUUUGACCUGAGUUUACAUAGUCAAAGCACUUUAGCAGAGGUUAAUAAUUAACUAGUUUAAGAAAUUAUUGCUAUGAAUGAGGUCAGUAGGCAUGAUGUUUCUCAGUUAGUUUGCAUAAUGUGACAUAUUGUAGCUUCCCUAUGCCUUUUUUGUGUGUCUGCAGUCAAUGGAAAGUGUGUUUAUCUGAGCAGAAAUGUUUUCCGUGUGUGAUUCUGAUUCCAGUUAGCAGCUUGUAAGUUAUGGAUUGUGCCUUAUAUUUAUUUUACAUCUUAAUGGAUACAACAAAUAUGCAGUGUGUUUCAGGACGUGCAUAUUCCUGACAUCGACAGAGCUUGUUAAAUUUGAUUUGGUAAUGAAAUUAUAUGACCUUGCAAUCUGUCAGUCCAAAGGAUUGGUGGAGAGAUUAAUAGAGACACACCUGCAAAGGGGGGUCCGCAGACACAACAAUUCAAAAUGCCAUAGAAUACAAAUAAAAGCAAAAACAAGAGAAUUCUCUCCAGAUUUGCUUGAAACAGAAGAAACCAUAGCUGAGAGCUGAAGCUAAAGCCACCUCCAGGUGGUGUGUAAAAACUAUUUGAUGGAUAUCUUCACGUGCAAUAAAAGCCUUAAGUCUUAAAGUCCGUGCAACAGGCAUGCGGAAACUGUGACAUUAUAUCUAAUAUCUUUUCCUGCAAGUGAUAAUCAGAGUAAUCAGGACAAGUUUACAGUAAAUGACAGUAAAAGUUGCCAUGUGACAGCAAGACACAGAUGCUCUCUCUCUCUCUGUUGGUCUGGAGCCUAACAGGAAGUCAGUCAAAUAAGAGAAACAGUCAGGGUGUAAAAGAGAAGCACAUUUGCAUUGCUACAAACACACUGUCUAUGUGACAUGCCACAGCAGUGCACCUGCAAAUCUACUAUCAAAACUGUUGUCAAAUACACUUUGUGUGUUAUCCUCAGGCAUUAAAUGCAGUAUAGUUGCAUUAAUAAGACAAAACCUCUGAUUUUCUGAACCUCAACACACAGAGUUAACAUGUUAACGACCAAACAAAAACAAGAAAAUCUUGCCAAAGUCAUCAUCUGUAUUUACUACUGAAUUGUGAUUGCACUGAAUCUCAGAGAGAAUGUAUUCGGAAAAUGUCAGAAUAACAAUAAGUGUUAAAUGACCUUCUACUGUUCUAGUUCUUAGGCAGCUAAAUGUGCGACUAUUGUGACUGUAACUGUCAGCAGGAAGUGCGCUGUUUAGUCUUAAAUUACCUUCACUGUAAAUAGCUUCUGCCCAAAAACCACUGCACCAAAACAGGAAGGCUGUGGGCAAACUCCUUUCAUAUGUCAUUUGAUGCAUUGCUAUAGAGUAUCGAUUAUAUUUGCUGUACUCAGAUGUAAAAUUAUUCAUUUGAAUCAGACAGCAGAGUUCUGUUUUACUUUUUUCUUUUUUUUUAAUCUUUUAGAAACAGGCAUGAGUUAACAAGAAUGAAGUUUCUCAACUCGAGUUAAUGUGUUAACUCGAGUGUUGCUUCCCCCAUUAGUUACUCACUGGUGAAGGUCAGUCUGUGAGUUAUUCACACAGAUAUAUUCACCUGCACCGACAGAACUGAAACAGUCCACACCCUAAAGACCACCUUAAAAUGCCUUAAUGUUUCAUCCAAGGUGAAAAUUCAAGUGUGGCUUUUAUGCUUUUUGGUCAGUAGGGUUUUACCCCAUAAAAGCACAUUAAACCAUGCGUAUAAUCCAUUAAUGAAUAGCUUAAUAUAUAACAACCUGUGCACUUAUCCGUCAGUAAUCGCCAUGUUUGGAUUGUCUUUUCAAAAAAGUUUUGUCUUAAUUUUACAAGGUUUUUAUCAAUAUUAAGAUCGACAUUAUUGUAUGAAGUAAAUAUUGUGUAAAUAUACUGUAGACAAACAAGAUAACUCACUCAGGGAAGAAACUGUGCAUGCUUACUACAGCUAGAACAGAUGUAUUAUAAACGUGCAUGGGUGUAUUUGUCAGACUGAAUCAACUUGCUUUUCACUUAAACUGUGCAGAUAAUAAAUGAAAAUACAGAGAUGUAUUGCAGUCAGUUAUUCACUCAUUUAUGGAUUCUUAAAUAU